AUGGAUGAUGACUUAAAUAAGGAAGCACCUGCAUAUACUUUACAAAAUUCCUCAGAAGCACUGAUUUCUAUUCAGCUUUUAGAUUUUAAAACAAGUUUUCUGGAGGCAGUAGAAGAAUUGCGUAUGAGAAGGGAAGCAGAAGUUCAUUAUGAGAAACAAAUUAGCAAAUUUGUUGUUGAAACACAGGAACUUGAGUGGCAAAAGGAAGCUCUUCAGUAUCAGAAAGAUGCAUUAAACAAACAGCAUACAGAAGACAUGACAGCUUUAAAAAAACAGUUUCAAUCAAGAAUAUUAGCUGCGGAAGAAGAAAAGGGAAAAUAUCUACUUGCUAAGGAAUCAAAAGAAAGAGAAAUGGAAGGAUUGAAGGAAACAUUAAAAAUGUUACAGAUUUCAAAAUACUCUUUACAAAAGAAACUUAAUGAAAUGGAGCAAAAGUUGCAGUUACACAUGUUAGCAAAGGAGGACCAUCAGAAGAGUCUGAAUGAAGUUGAAAAAUGCCAUGCAGUAAUCACAUGUCAGUUUGGAAAAAUAAAAGGUGCUCAUGAGAGAUUAGAACAGAAAGGUAAAUAA